CCGCUCGGUGCUUAUAACCCGGGCUGCGCGCAGCCAGCGGCCCUGCUGCGUCGCCUGUCACCGCCUCCCGCGACCCGGGUUUGCUGAGCUGUGAAGACCGAGUCCGGGCACCGGAACACCCUCCGUCACAGACAUGUCGGGCAAAGGCUCCGUGGUCCUGGCCUACAGCGGCGGCCUGGACACCUCCUGCAUCCUGGUGUGGCUGAAGGAGCAGGGCUAUGACGUCAUCGCCUACCUGGCCAAUAUCGGCCAGAAGGAGGACUUCGAAGAAGCCAAGAAGAAGGCGCUGAAGCUUGGAGCCAAAAAGGUGUUCAUUGAGGAUGUCAGCAAGGAGUUUGUGGAGGAAUUCAUCUGGCCUGCCGUGCAGUCCAGCGCUCUGUAUGAGGACCGCUACAUGCUGGGCACCUCUCUCGCCAGGCCCUGCAUCGCCCGCAAGCAGGUGGAGAUCGCCAAGCGGGAGGGCGCCAAGUUCGUGUCCCAUGGAGCCACAGGGAAGGGGAAUGAUCAGAUCCGCUUCGAACUCACCUGCUACUCCCUGGCGCCCCAGAUCAAGGUCAUCGCUCCCUGGAGGAUGCCUGAGUUCUACAACCGCUUCCAGGGCCGCAACGACCUGAUGGAGUACGCCAAGCAACACGGCAUCCCCAUCCCGGUCACCCCCAAGAGCCCCUGGAGCAUGGACGAGAACUUGAUGCACAUCAGCUACGAGGCUGGGAUCCUGGAGAACCCCAAGAACCAAGCGCCUCCCGGCUUGUACACGAAGACCCAGGACCCCACCAAGGCCCCCAACACCCCCGACGUCCUGGAGAUCGAGUUCAAGAAAGGGGUCCCUGUGAAGGUGACCAAUGUCAAGGAUGGAACCAGCCACCACACGUCCUUGGAGCUCUUCAUGUACCUGAAUGAAGUUGCGGGCAAGCACGGUGUGGGCCGCAUCGACAUCGUGGAGAACCGCUUCAUCGGGAUGAAGUCUCGAGGUAUCUACGAGACCCCCGCGGGGACCAUCCUGUACCACGCACACCUGGACAUUGAGGCCUUCACCAUGGACCGCGAGGUGCGCAAGAUCAAGCAGGGCCUCGGCCUGAAAUUCGCCGAGCUGGUCUACACGGGCUUCUGGCACAGCCCCGAGUGCGAGUUCGUCCGCCACUGCAUCGCCAAGUCCCAGGAGCGCGUAGAGGGCAAGGUGCAGGUGCAGGUGUUCAAGGGCCAAGUGUACAUCCUGGGCCGCGAGUCGCCGCUGUCCCUGUACAACGAGGAGCUGGUGAGCAUGAACGUCCAGGGUGAGUACGAGCCCAUCGACGCCACCGGCUUCAUCAACAUCAACUCCCUCAGGCUCAAGGAGUUCCAUCGCGUCCAGAGCAAGGCCAAGUAAACAGCCCCUCAGACAGCGCAAAGCUGGGACCCCGCUCUCUCGCGAUCUCCCGAGCCCCGGCGCUAAUUGUUGUGAUCAUUUGUAAUUGUGACUUCUCCUCCAGCCUGGAGGUCUGGGGUGGGGUUGGGGGAGGGGGCCAGACCCCAUCUUUGUUCCCCCAAUCUCCUUGAGCCUGCAAAACAGGAAGGGAGAUGUUGGGGGCAGCUACAAGGGUGAGCUGUAAAAAUGACAAUAAAAAAAAACACACA